AUGAGCCGUGUUGAAAAAGUCGCACAAUGGUUCAUCUGGACUUCCUGGUGUUGCGGUGUUCUUACAUCAGUUCUGGACCACACUCAUGGAACGACAUUCGUGUUUAUGGCACCGUUUUGCGACGAGUACUUUCCUGUCAACGUUGUGGUCAGAUGGCGAUAUGGUGCCAGGUUUCGGACAGUGGUCACCAUCAAAGGAACCUAUAAGAAGUUUAUUUUAUCAAUGGGUGAAGAGUUUCCAUUCACUCGACUGCCAUGUAAACAACUGAAAAUGAAUGGAAUUACAUAUUCUGGUGCCAUUGUUGCCACAUCUAAGGAAGACAUUAUGGUGUACGUCCAAUACAAGCAAGAUAACUUCUUGGUGUUUCCAAUAACAUCAUUGUCAAAGCAGUACAUAGUCGUGACGGAUCUUCCUAGUUAUAUGGACAAAGCAUUUCUAGCUAUAACGACCCCAAGUAAAUCAGUGGUACGAAUCAGAAUUCCCAGAGACAUGAAAAGCUUUGUGGUGUUUAAUGAAGGAAGGUUUUACCCUGGUGAAACCAUCAGUGUUUCUCUAAGUCGUUACGAUGUUCUUAUGAUCGACUGUGAAUGUGACUUAACUGGUGUGAAUGUGGAAUCUGAUACUGGAGUCGUGGUUGUCAGUGGGUCUUAUAAGAAAUCAUCAACGUUGGUGAUCAUCGAAGAAUGUCUUUCAGCGGGAGCCUGGGGAAAACAUUUUGUAUUACCUAUAGAGUUUUGGAUGAAGAACGCCUCUUUGAAAAUCUUAGGCAGAAACAAUUCCAUAGAAGAACUUCAUAUUUCAACAGACAACCAAACAGAAUCUUACCAAACAACAAAUGGAAUAUUUUAUUUUCCUAUAUAUGCAAAGGAAUAUAUUUAUGUGCAGUCGAAAUCCCCAAUUUACGUGGUGUAUACGUUGGACGUCAUACUUACUGAUAAAACAUAUACAAUGUCAAUACUAAUAAACGGAGUUCCCUUAGAACAAUUUCCAAAGUUUCUAUGUGAUUCUUUCUCAACUCCCACUGGUGCAACGUGCUUCGCGGGAAUUGGAAACGGAACUCACUUUCAAAGUAUGUUUUAUCAGCCCGUGGAGACUUCUCAAGAUGGUGAUUGGUAUUUUGUGAUUGUUCAGAAAGACACGGGCUUAGUGACGAUUCCAAAAACCAAAUACGUUUGGUCCCACUCUCUGCGUCUGUCAGAGGAAGACCGCAAACGCUUCAUAUACUCAGGUGCAUUCAGACAAUCACAUCUUUAUGAUUCGUGCAUUAUGGACACAUCGGCUCAUAUAGCAGUCAAUGACGGAAUGGAUAACGAUUGUGACGGGAUUGUGGAUGAAGAGUACAUCAACAGCAAAGAUGAUGAUGUGGACAACAAUAUUGAUGAAGAUACCUCAUCCAAUGAUGCUGUGUGUGUUGUGGAUUAUAACUACGGACAGUCUCCAAAAACUUGGAUCCUUCUUUCAAAUCCAAUGAUAGCUAUCUUAAUAUCAAUUAUGAUUGCUGUUACUGGUGUUGGAGCAUUUAUAGGAGGUAGUGCUCUGAUUGAAAUUCUUCAAGGAGGACAUCCUACACGACCAUCUCGAGUUGAACCAGUGGAGUGA